AUGUUCGCAACGAAGAACCCCAUGUAUAACACGGGAAACACUGGUGUGAAUACAGGUAAUAAUAUGAAUCAAGGCUCUUUGCCGUUCACAGUGGGUGGUGGUGGCAAUCUAGCUGCCGCUCCAGUGGGUAACCAACCAAAUAAUAAUAAUAUCCCUGUUGUUGGCGCACCAGGAUUAAGAAUUGGUCCGAACCCAACUGUCAAACCAAAUGAUACACAAGUUUCAAACAGCAAUACUCAACAACCACAAUUACAAUCGCAACAACAUCAAGGAUCAUCUCAUGCACUUGAUGACCCUAAUGUUUAUCAUUGGAUUUGUCAAGUCACUUAUGGUCCUCAAAAGGAACAAGCAUUAUUAGAAUUAGGUCGUAAACGUGAACAAUUUGAUGAUUUAGCCAUAGUAUUGUGGUCUUCCUUUGGUGUCAUGACAUCUUUAUUAAAUGAAAUCAUUUCUGUCUAUCCAAUGUUACAACCUCAAAUGUUAUCCAAUCAAUUAUCAAACCGUGUUUGUAACGCAUUAGUUCUUUUACAAUGUGUAGCAUCUCAUCCAGAAACUAAACAUUUAUUCUUACAAGCACAUAUCCCAUUAUUCCUUUUCCCAUUUUUAAAUACAACUUCAAGACAAAGAACGUUUGAAUAUUUAAGAUUGACUUCAUUAGGUGUUAUUGGUGCACUAGUAAAGAGUGAUUCUCAAGAUGUUAUAACAUUCUUAUUAAGAACAGAUAUUGUCCCAUUAUGUUUAAGAAUCAUGGAAUCAUCAUCUGAAUUAUCCAAAACAGUGGCUAUUUUCAUAUUACAAAAAAUCUUAUUAGAUGAUGUAGGUUUACAAUAUAUUUGCGCCACUUUAGAAAGAUUUUAUGCGGUUACCAAUGUAUUGAAAGAUAUGGUAGAUCAUUUGACAGUCAAUGCUCCUCCUGGUAGAUUAUUAAAACAUAUAAUUAGAUGUUAUUUGAGAUUAAGUGACGAUUUAGAGGCACGUAGGUUAUUACGUGUGGUUUUACCAGCAAGUCUCAGAGAUAAUACUUUUGCAGAAGUACUAAGUGACGACGUGGGAUCCAAGAGAUGUCUAGCUCAAUUACUACUCACUUUGAAUGAGGAAAAUCCGCAAUAG